CGUUAAAUUUUGGUUCUUUAAAAACUUGGACUGUAUCCCAUGACGGCAUCUCCCCGUACAAAAUAUUUAUUUUAUUUUAUUUUAAUUAAAUAAUUUAAUUUUAAAUAAAGUUGGAACAAGAAGACUAGACUAUCUCCUCCACUAUACAAUUAGAGAGCCUUUGGUGGAAGAAACUAGGAGAACGAUUCUUCAAUCCCACAAAAAGUUUCCAUACUACAAACAAACACUUUCUGACAAUAUCCCUUUUCAUCUUCUAUCUUCUUUUCUUUUUUAAUUUCUGAAACAAAGAGAAAAAGCUCUGAAAGCCAGAACCUUUACUCUUCUGGAGCUCUCUAAGGUUUAAUGGUGGUUUAAUGCUCACUGAGAUUUUGGUUGAGUAUUAACUGUGUCUGAGCUUUGUUUUGCUCACCCUUUUCUCCGUUUUCUCUCCCUUUCUCUCUCUCACUCUCUCUUUAUUUGUUUAACAAUGGCUGAGUAUAUAUGUUUACUGAACCAGGAUUCUAUCAUUAUUAAGGCUCCUAAGAAAAACACCCUCUUGUUGAGGAUGUUAGUAUUGGUGUUUGCCAUGGUUUGUGGAGUUUAUAUCUGCUCAAUAUGUGUGAAGCAGAUCAAUUUUCAAACCCUUACCUCAAAUCAAAGCAUCCAAGUUGUGGAAAGUCCUUGUCUUGAUAAUGGAAUUAAGCUACUGGAAUACCCUCAUGUGCAUUAUCCCAACCCCAAAACCUUUAGCAGGGGUGAGUGUGAGCAUAAUCCUGUUAGGUUCUUCGCUAUCUUGUCCAUGCAGAGAUCGGGAAGUGGGUGGUUUGAGAGCCUCUUAAAUAGUCAUAUUAAUGUAAGUUCUAAUGGAGAGAUAUUUUCUCGUUGGCAUAGGAGGCGAAAUAUUUCUUCCAUUGUAGAGACUAUGGAUCAGGUUUAUAAUUUGGAUUGGCAGAGUAGUGCUUCGAAAAAUCAGUGCUCUGCAGCAGUUGGCUUCAAGUGGAUGCUUAAUCAGGGCUUGAUGGAGCAUCAUAAAGAAAUAGCCGAUUACUUUAACCGUAGGGGUGUUUCUGCAAUAUUUCUCUUCCGUAAGAAUUUAUUACGUCGGAUGGUCUCAGAUCUUGCCAAUUCGUAUGAUCGAUAUGCUAAGCUAUUGAAUGGAACUCACAAGGCUCAUGUACAUUCGGCCGAGGAGGCUGAAAAACUGUCAACAUACAAGCCAGUAAUCAAUUCUACAUCUUUGAUCAAUGAUCUGGUGAAAAUGGAGUUAGCAACUAAGGCGGCUUUGGCAUCCUUUAACACCACUAGACACAUAGUUUUGUACUACGAGGAUGUUGUGAAGAACCCUGCUAAACUGAACGAAGUUCAAGUGUUUCUUGGACUACCAGUGAUGGAGCUAAAGAGCCAUCAGGUGAAAAUACACAAAGGAUCACUAUCAGACCACAUCAAGAACUGGGAUGAUGUCAACAGGACACUUAGUGGAACAACAUACGAGCAUUUUCUCUACUCUGAUUAUUAAUAGUCCCGAGUCCCGAAUCUGCUGCUAACUCCUGGAUUGGUGUAAAUACCAGCCUAACUUAUUAUUACACAGAAGCUUGGCUAACAGGGUACCACCGGUCAAGGUUAGAAUUUUUUGUGGCUGCAACAUUUUCUUGGCAAUUAGUGUCAACAAUUCGUUGAUGUGAUAAUUAGUUCCUUUGAUGCUCUCUCUACAAAAUUGUACAUGUCAUUUUGUUCAUUUUUCAAGUUUAUUAGAGUUUUUAAUCAGAAACUAAUUAUAAUGAAAAUGUUUUGAGGACUGUAGGGAGCCCAUUUGCUUCAAAUCUUAUUACAUGUUUUAUGCAUUUUCAUGAAAAGCUUACCUUGUAUUACUAUUACACAAAGGCAAUGAUACUCAAAAGAACUCUUUCAAAGUUGUUGUAUAAAUAGUCAUUCAUAUACA